CUGCUGUCCAAGUGAGGAUACUUGGAGAAGUCAACUAGGAGGACGUUGGUCGAAUAACUCAGUUUACGGUUACUUGAAUACUUCGCCAGGAAGUUGUUUGUUAAUACCUCUUAUUUAGGGAGAUAUUAUCAUCAGAACUGGGAGGAAAAAAGCAGGACAAGCAGAUAAACAGAGCUGCUUCAUUCAUUAAAUUUGAAACAAUUUCACUGGAGUUGACUGCAGACGACUUACAAUUGUCGAACCAUGGCUUUCAACAAACGUAUCUUGACCUCUAUGGGAAAUGGCCCCGCUCGCCGAGUCCUGUUUGGCCCAGUAGACCGUGAGCAGCUGCAGAUGGAGUACCAGGCUGCCCUGCGGAAAGACCUUGAUGAGGCCUCGCAGCGCUGGGGUUUUGACUUCAUGUCAGAUAAGCCUCUGGAGAGCAGUGAUUUCCAAUGGGAGGGAAUCCCAGGAACCAAGGUGCCGCUGCUUUAUAGAUCCUGCAUGCUUGGUCUGGGACAGACUGGAGGUCAGAGGGCUACGGCCAAGGGAGGAAAGGUGGGGUCUUCACAAAGGGAGAAGGAGAACAUUCCCCGCUCUCCUGAGAGAUGUGCUGCACUUGACCUGGGAAAACUGGAGAAAACACCAGAGAAAAGAGAGAACAGGGGGCUGAAGAGGAAGCAGACAAACAUUACAGAUUUCUAUCAGGCUAAAAGAAGAGUGGUUGGGAUGCCACGCAAAUCCGGUCAGUGAUGCUCGGCACAGUUUACUGUAAAAGUGCCAAUUUUCCAAAAGAACCACACAGACUCUCAGGAACACUAAGCUCUGCACACUCUGCUGUCGCUCGAUAGGGGGUCCUCUAUCAAACAGUUCAUCUUACAACAGAAGGGACCUCAGCUACACAUCAUCACUACGGUUAAUUAGGGUACUGUAUCAAACAUGGUGGGGUGGGAUGGGUGGUUUUUUUUUUAUCUUAGUGCUAAGAAGAAGGGGACAUUGGAGCUGAGAAGAUUAAUGGUAAUCUCUCAGAUCAGUGGAUUUAUACUCAUUUGGAUCAUUUGGAUGCCAAAGUGUUGACUGACAUUUCCUACUGUACAUUCCAUCGUGCUGAAAACACUCUGCUGCAGUAUAGAGACAUGACGGAUGAAUAUAAUACUGUACACACUUGAACCAUAUGCCACGAAGUUAAAUCAUUCUGUGCUGAAAGUAAAUUAAGGAGCGACUGUGUUAAAUCUGCAGAAUGAUUGAAAAUUGGUAGAGAGUGGAUGACGCUUUCCUGUUCAUCUGUUCAAAUCCACUGUUGUUUUUCUACAUUGUUUUUUAUAUGUGUUAUGGGGGCCAGGAGUCUUUUUUUAUACUAGCACAUCCUGUGCAAAGUGUGUUGUACUAUAUAUAUCCAGAUGUACUGUCAUGUUUUGUUUUACCAUCAUGUACUCAUAGGAAAAUGCUUGAAGACUUGUAAUAUCGUGAACAUGCAGAUGCUUUGCUUAGAUCCUCAAUGACAGAAGUGCCAUCAUGUCUUCCCUCUGCUCUUCCAUCUACUGUAUGCUGAUUUAUUUUCAGAGAUCUCCAGAAAUGCCCAGCCCAGACCCCAGACUUAGACAUGUGUAUAUCACCAAAUAGUGUAGAUUUAGAGUGUUGCACCAUGUCUGUAUAAAACUUGUAUUAAGGUUUAUUUAGAUAUAUAUCAGAGAUUUAUCUUUAGAUUUAAUUCAGCACUGUUAAGUAGCAUUGACAUUAAUCUAUUAUUGCAGUAUUGCACAACAUAGCACCAGUACUAAGUGCCUUCAAGGUAUUUGUUUCGGUAUUUGAAGCUCCAUAAACGACAAUCAGAAGUAAGUGUUCUCAUAAUCAUAUGUAUUAUUAAUUAAGCUAAAUCUAAGUCAUAGAAAUGUGUUAUCUGCCUCACCUUUUGUUUGUUCAUAGCCUUUAUGUUUUUACGUUGGCAAACCCAGCUGCUAUGAGUGACCAGAAUAAGUUAAACACGGUCACUGUAAUGGGAAAGCUUACCAACUGCCAAGGUUAGAAAUGUUCACCUCUGCAAUUAGAAAACAAAGCAAGUAACAUUUGCCCCAAAUGAUGAAUGCACUUCUGUUAAUAGAUGCUUGUGCACAGGGCCUUUAUAUUGUAUUUUUGUUUAAAGCUGAGAAGAAUGAGAAGAUCUAUCUUUAUUUAUUGUGUUAUACUUUGCCUUUUGUUCAUUCCGUUUUUUUCUCUUUUUGUGGCGAUUCCAAAUCACAAUAAAAUGUUCAACUCUG